AUGGCAACAGUAACUCUUCACUCGGGAAGUAAACGAAGCAGUUGUAAUGGAAUUACUGACAGUGAAAGCAAAGAAUUGUGUACAGUUGCUGUGGCAAGAGGUCAUAUUGAUAGAGCCAGAAAAAUAGAUGAGACUGAAGGCACAUCUCUAAGUACAGAAAUCAAGAAUCUUUUGUCUGCUGCUACAAUUGAAGAACAGCUACACAUUCUGAAAGAUAUAGCUAAGAAUCAUCUGGGAAAUGGAAAUGAAUGUGAGAAAUCAAAGGUGUCUGCAUUUUGUAUUCAGCUUCUCAUUGACAUAUAUGUGGCAGCUGCUCCCAAGGAUCCAUUCAAGUGUGCCAUUGCAAGGAUAUUCAUGGCACUUCCUGAAGAAGCCCACACUGAUGUUGCUGUGUGUCUGUCUGCCCAUCUGAUCAAGUUAAUGUCUUCAGACAGAAGUCUAGUUGAGAUGAACUCUGUGAUAGCUGCAGUUGGCUGCUGCUUUGACAAUUUCCCAAUUGGUGUACUUGCAGCUACCAUCAGUGUUUUGCCAGCAUUAAGGCUUAUUAAGACCUGUCUCAAAUACUGCAUUAUGGAGCUGAGUCACAGCCUACCUCCAGCAAAGAAAAUGGAGAUCUGUCAUAUAGUACAUUCUUCUCUGCGAACAGCUGUCUCAUUGCUUCAGAAAUGUCAGACAAAAGUCAAAGAGCUAGUUUAUUCUGAAAGAUAUUGUAAAGAAGGCUACUUAGUGCCUGAUAUGAUUGUGAAUCUGGCUGCUUUGUUGGACAUGCAUUGUAACCUUAUGCCAGGAUCUACAGAUUAUUCAGAAUCAGAUGGAAUCUGCCAUGCAUUAUCUGAUGUCAUUGAGAAUCCUCCUGCUACUGACACAUUAUCCUCUUUGCUAGAGUUGGUAGCUGCUCUGAUGAGCUAUUCAGAGAUGCCUAUGAACACACACAUCAACUGUGGGAUGGUGCUUGUCCUCCUAGUGAUUCUCUUGGAGAGUACCGGUGGAGAAUUGUGCAAGAGUUUGAAAAAUCAGAAUGUGCCAUGGGAAGUAGAUCUCUCAACUGACUCUUGUCAACUCAACAUGUGUACUGGAGUGCUGAAUGCCCUAAACACAUCAGAGUUAUGUUGUAUGCACCCUGUAACUGGUGAACCUAUUAUAAAUUUUGUGUUCCAUCGUCUGUUUGCCAUCAGCCAGAGGAUGAAUGCGGAUUGUGGGAUGGUGUUGGGCAUAAGCCGUGCUUUUCUUCUUCUGUCUCGUAACCUGUUGACCACAGCUGUGCAGAUGCGAGAUGUUUCUGUUGUGGACAACAUGCUUGAAUUUCUAGGGUCAUCUCUGCAACAGGAUGGCUCAGAUGGCUGUAAUGUCUUGACUUCUAUUCUGGAAACUGUCUUGAAGAUACCAGUACAUAGCAAAUCCAGAUACAUUGGUCUGGCAGUCUUGGCGAAUGAAAUUGGAUGUCAGACACUCAUUGAUCAGUUUCCAAAUCUUGUUCAGAGUUUGUUGAACUCAUUGGCUGAUCCUAUCCUUGCCACUCAUGUUUCAUCUGCUGUGGAGCGUCUUAUGCUUCAACAUAUAGGUGAAUGUCAGGAAGAUACUUGGAGAGCAUUAUGGAUUGUACCUAUCCUAGAAAUGCUGUCCCAUGCAUCCCCUUCUGUGUGUGGCCCACUGCAGGCUUUGUUUGCCACAGCAGUGACAUACCAUCCAGGACUUGUAACCCACGUCCUACUACCCAUGAUAUCAGAUAUGUGCACCAAGACAACACAUAUCCGCACUCUUCUUAGUUGCAUUUGCGUGGCCAGAAAACAAGGUGCACUGGAUGAUCAGUCAAAAUUUCAGCAUUGUUCUGGUUUGUGGAAGGGUAUUUUGGAUAUAAGAGUUCUGGAGCAAGCACUGUAUCAUCAUGAUGUUGAAAUUCGAAUAUCAGCUUUGUCUCUGCUUGCUGAGAGCCAUCGUAGCACUGAGACCUUCUCUGCAUCUGAGCUCCAGUUAAUCAAAACCUUUUUAGAAUACAAUGUUAACUCGGAGGUCCCAUCUUCCAGGCAGAAGACUCUGGCUCUUCUGAAAAAGAUUCUUACCAGACUGAGAGAUGGCUCUCGAGUGCUUCAUUGGAAAACUGGACAAACCAAGGCUAGUAAGAGGCAGCUGGAAACUGACAGUGACAAGAGCCAUUUGCUCAGGACAUACAAUACAUUUCUCCUGUGGCUGCUGGAAUUUUCCUUCAACAAUUUAUUUCCAGGUGCAAACAUUGGUCGUCGUAGCUCAUCACUGCAGAUACUUUCUCUUUGCCAUGAAAUUUUAAGUUUUGACUCGUCAGAGCCAGUGUGGAUUCCCUGUCCACCCACUGUGUGUACACAGAGCUAUGCAAAUAUUCUGUUAGAGUGUCUUAAAGACUCAUAUGAAAACAACAAGAUGUUAGCUGUCCAGCUUCUCAUCACAUUUCCAGCAGAAGUUCUUGGAUUAAAUGAAGCUGAUCAAGUGAAUUCAUUGAUUGAAGUUUCCCUGCAACUUGCAUCCAGUCACCGCCCACCGGACUGCAUAACUGCUGCAUACUUAUUACGUGUGUUGGUCACAUUCCACCAGACUGGUGUAGUUCUGGCAGCCAUGCAAGGGUAUGACGAAAGAUUCAGUUCAGUCUAUCUGGCUGUUCGUCUUCUGGUCCGUCGUCUGUCUACAGAACUUGUUGGAGCCAGUCACAGUCUACUAAUUGCAGCUGCUUCAGGGCCCAUGUAUGGAACUCUGUUCUGUAUCAGGCAGCUGCUUUCUGAUGUCAACUUCAUGAGCAUUGCUGGUGAGUGUUGCUGGCACAGUCUGAUUGGUGAAGUAGUUACCACAUGUUUUCGCCUGACCGAGGUUGUGGGUCCCAUUGUUAGUAGCUCAUCUCCUGAGGGACACUUACCCAUGUACUUACAGCCAGGCAUGCAGCACUUGAAGCAGGACUCAGCUUCUAAUGCAUCUGAGUCAUCAGUUUUAAAUGUUACUGCACAGAUGGUGCUGCUGUGUGCUUGGCGCACUGUAAAAGAGGUGUCUUUGUUGCUUGGAGAGCUUUCAGAGCAAGCUCCUAUCUUAAUUGCAAAGGAUUCAGACAAAGUUACUGAGAAAGGCUUACUAACAGAAGAGCAAGUGCUUACAAUUGGAUCUCACUUGGUUACACUACUGGUAGAGACAAAACAUCGUGGUGCAUUUGAACAGGCUUAUGUGGGGUUUUGCAAGCUCUGUGGGAGGCUAUGGAGACAUCCAUCUUCCAGACUACAUCAUCUGCCUCGUCAGUGGUUAGAAGAGGUUAUGUAUACUAUCAGCUGGGGAAAGGGCACCAAACUUUGUGCUACUAGAAGGUCUGCAGGGCUACCAUUUAUGGUGCAGGCACUUUUAACAACAGAGCCUCAGAUUGGAGGCAGCCGACGUUGCUUUCAGCAGUCCAUGGCUGCCCUCUUAACUCUUGCUGACAAUUCUGACAACAGAGUAGGAACCAGACAUACUAGCAUUGUCAAUAAUGAGACAGCAGCUGAAGACUAUGUUGAUGACAAUGCCGCAUCAGUCACUUCUAGUAGUGCUACAGAGUUCAACAUUUUUAAUUUGUCAGUAGUAAGCUCUGACUGUGUCAGCAAUGUGGAGGCUCGCAUUCAUGCAUUGAAUAUCUUACGCGCACUGUUUCGUCACUCACUACUGGGAGAGUCUGUUACUCCUUAUGUUGCACAAGGGGUGAUAGUUGCUAUCCAAGGUUUCAAGGGCAAGACAUGGGCGGAGCGUAAUUCUGCUACACUUUUAUUCUCUGCUCUGGUAACCCGCAUUUUUGGUGUGCACCGAUCUAGAGAAGAAUUGAGUAUGCGGAAUCGUAUGACAGGACGGAUCUUCUUUCUGCGUUAUCCUUCAUUGUAUGACUUCUUACUGAAAGAAUUGAAAGAGGCUGUUGCCAGCAUGGAAGCGUGUCAUAACAGUCUGCAGCCUGCCCUCUUCCCAGUACUGUUACUUCUUUCUAGACUGUACCCAUCAUCCCUAGAAGGAACAGACUCCAACCUACAGCUGAGUGCAUAUGCUCCUUUCGUUCACCGAUGUUCCUUGAGCUCUGUGCUUAAGACAAGGAUGUUGGCUGCAAAGGCUCUUGUUCCUCUUGUUGCUCCACAUCAGCUUGUAGUGUUACUUCAGAAACUAGUUGCAAUUUCAUCUCAAAAAUGCACCACAGAGAACUAUAGGCAUGGGCUACUUCUGCAGAUAUUUCAUAUUCUUGAAGAGAGUCUGUCAGCAUUGUCUGUAAGCAAGGAAGUAGCAGGAGAAGUUGAGGAGUGGAUAGCUAGUUUAAAAUGGUUGCUUCCAUCAGAAUCAGGUUUUCAGGUCUGUUUCAUCACAUCAGAAGUGUUCUUGCAUAUUCUUCAUAUUGUGGCAAGAAGACUGCUUACAUCAGUUAGCCCUUCUGUAUGGCAAGAAAUAUGCCAGAUCAUCCAUUUGGACUUAUUUAGGUCACAGGAGACAGUGCCAAGCAACAUGAUUGGUAGAGGAGUGUACACACAUCGUGCUGUGCAGCUCCUGUUAGAACUGUCGCUUGCUCUGCAUCCUUCAGACAUUCCAACUGCGCCUUUCCUUAAAGAUAUGGAACAGUUGGUAGUUCAGCUGCUUCUUCAUGCAAGAUAUGAAGUUGUCAAUGUUACACUUUGUUUCCUGGAAGCUCUUAUGACUACAGGAGAAUAUUUAUUAGAAGAUACUGAAGAUUCCACUCUGCCAGUAAAGGAAAGUUUUUGUAGUCUUGUCAAGGAGUGGGAUAGGUGCCAUGAAGGGGCACUGGCCAAUGUGUUAAGAUCUUCACAGGCUGUUGGAGAGAUUUUAGUAAGGCAGGUGAUACUGAAGGAGCAUAAUACAUUUUCAGAGUGUUGUUGGAAAACAUUUUGUGUGUUGAGCUAUUGUCCAAAGGCUCUCUUGAGCGUGAAAACUGGUGCUGAAGAAGUGUUGAGAGGCCUCCUUCAGCAGUGUCAAGACGAAUAUGAAGGUAUCAGCUGGACUGUGCUGAAGUGUGCUGGGGCUCUCAUGAAGGUCAUGCAGCUAGAGAAUGUACUACCUUCAGCAGAAGUUGCCAGUCAGAUGUGCCAUAACUUGGUUGAGUUUUCCUUAGCAGAAAAGUCAUUAACAUGCAGACUGACUGUGGCAAACAUCUUGCUGGAAAACACUUCUUGGUUGAAGGGCACAGUCACAUUCCUCUCAGUUCUGGAUGUGUGUAUGCUGUGGACUGUGGUUAUAACAUUGUUGGAUGAUGAGUGUGCACAUGUACGUAAGCUGAUUUCCAGUCUUGCAACACAGCUCAACUGUAUCAAGCUGCCUGUAAUAUCACAGAAGGCCAGAGAGUUGUUGGUGGAAUAUUUUGUUCAUGUGAUGGUUAAUCUGGAUGCCUUGAUGUGUGUUGUGUGUCUGGUGGCCUGGUGUCUUGGCACCACUAACAGUGAUUGUGAUGAUGGAAUGUCUGAGGAUCGAGUGUUUGACAAAGGUGAGAUGAACAUAUAUGCAGAAACAGCAACAUUGACAGAAGUUGCAUGUGGUCAGCUGAAGAACCUAUUAUUCAGAGAGGAUAUCCACCAGUUAUUUGAAGCAUAUCUGCCUGAAAAAGUCAAACAUUGGCUAUUGCAUAUGUGUUGGCCACAUGUGCCACCUUUGUCAGAUGGUGGAAAACCUGAUACCUUGGCAGAAUUUAUUAAGGAGGCAGAGAGAAUGACUGCAUUUUCCACUAAUGACUCUCACUUUCUGUUUGUGAACCCAAAGACUGAGUUUCUCUCACUGUACAAAACUAAGAAACUUACUGAAGCUGUACAUGGGACAUUGAAGACAAAGUAAUUAUUAUAUGUAAGUGAUUUUGGUUGAUUAUUUAAGACCUUUAUUUUCACUGUGAAAAAACAAUGACUUUGUUAUGUUUACAUAAACUAUUUUGCACUGAAA